UGAAAUCAAUUUAAAAUAGGUGGAGCAACGUUAUAAUGUCAAAGAUAGGUUGAGGAGGUCAAAUAAAUAUUUCGUAAGACAAAUGGCAUUUGAAAUGCAACAAUUAAGAAAACAGUUGCGAACGAAAAUAAAAUAUUUUAUGAUGUCAUUAUUCGAAACAGUAAUAUGCAAAACUAGGAAGAGAUCACGGUAGAUCGUGAUGAUUAUAUACUUCAAAAAUAUAUAAAUAAAGCUUCGGAUAAAUACCCAGUGUCAGUCGCGAUGGUAUUUUUAAGCAGACUUAUUUUCAUUUUAAUUUUAUUGCAAUGUAUGUAUUUUUCAAAUGGAAAUGUAAUGAAUACAAAUAGGUUCCGUAAAGAAAAAGUAGUGCUGGUUGAACCGAUAUUGGCACCAAAUAAAAACCCAAGAGCAAGAGUUGUGGAAACCGCCAAGGACUUUCCUAUUGUACGAGUUUUAUCCAUAGAUAACGGUAUAAAAUCAAAACAGCCUGAACGCAUGGAGUAUCUUCAGCCUGUUUAUGUCGAAAAACUUGAAGAUCAAAUUACCAGACGAAGAAGAAAUUCCGGUUCUCUUUAGUUUAUGCCUGUUUUUUUCUGCGUACCCUUAAAACAAAACAACGAUGAAGCUUACGUCUACUUGAUCAAACCAACGCAUACGCUGAAAAAACGAGACGUUUAUAGCAUAGAUACAGUUUCAGUGCCUACUGGAGUGCAACCAAAAGAUGAAACUAUUAUAAUUGUCCCGAAUUCAGGUGUAAAUAAUUAUCCUUAUAAUAAUUAUUACGAUCCGAGAAACCCCGUUCCACGUUAUGGCCCAAAUACAGGGACAACAGUCAUUGUCAGCAAUCCAGAUGGCAAUUACGGCAGCGGCUAUGGUGGAAAGUACUUCCCCAAUCAAUACACGAAUAAAUAUGGUUAAAAUAAAAUAACCUACCUACAACGUAACAAAACAACGGAACGUUUAAUUACUAACCAAUAAAUAAAAUGUUAAUAUACCAAUUAAAUCAUUCACUUGAUUUGCAUACAUUUUAUAAUUUACCCACAAUGUUUGGUUUUGCCAAUAAUAAAUUGUUGUGAAUGGAAUUAUACAGAUUUAUUUGAGCAGGAUGAAUUAAAUUGUUAGUCCAUAA